AGUCGUCGUCAGUGCAGUCGGGCAUCUCGUUCCAAGCGGGCGGCUGGAAGAAGCUUUUCGCAAAACAGACAAGAAAAAGAGAGAGAUAAAGGAGAGGAAAAGGAGAGACAAGCUGCGAAGAGACAGGAGAGCUGCCAUGUCGGUGAACUCGGAUCUGCAGAGGGAGCGGGCGGCGGCCAUUUUGGAGAGCGAGGACUUUGCCCGGUGGUGGGCGGGCGGGCAGGCGCAGUUGCUGGAACGGCGAUCGCUGGAGGAGCACUUCUACACGGAUCCCCGCCUCCAGGAUGCAGUGCAUCCCAGCUGCCUGUCCUACAAGGAGCGCUACGAACAGACCGUGGCCAAGUCCACCCACUUCCUGGCCAAGCUGCGGGCCUGGCAGAAGGCCAAGCACCCCCAGAUGUCCCUCGACGUGAACACGCUGAAGGAUUUCCGCACCCUGCUGUCCGGCUCCCUGGGCACGGGCAUCUUCCAGCAGAGCUUCCCGCUGCGGCUGCACUUCUCCAUGUUCAUGACCACGCUGCUGGGACAGGGCACCGAGGAGCAGCAGGCCCAGUGGCUGAGCCGGGCCUGGCACAUGGACGGCGUGGUGGGCACCUACGCCCAAACGGAACUGGGCCACGGCACCUACAUCCGGGGCCUGGAGACCCGGGCCGACUACGACCCGGAGCGGCAGGAGUUCGUCCUGAACACGCCCACCCAGAGCGCCUACAAGUGGUGGCCGGGCGGAUUGGGGAACACCGCCAAUGUGGCCAUUGUCUUGGCCCAGCUGUACGUCCAGGGCCGGCACCACGGCCUCCAGUCGUUCCUGGUGAGGAUCCGGGACGAGAGGACCCACGAACCCCUGCCGGGCGUCGACGUGGGCGACAUUGGACCGCGACUGGGCGGCAAUGGCGUCAACAAUGGCUUCCUGGGGCUGAAGGAUGUCCGGAUUCCGAGGAACCAGAUGAUGAUGAAGAACGCCCAGGUCCUUCCGGACGGCACCUUCGUCCAGGGGCGUCCUCCACUGCUCCUGUACGGCACCAUGGUCUACGUGCGGGUGAUUACCCUGAGGGAUGCCCUGUUCUGCCUCCUCCAAGCGGCCACCAUCGCCACCAGGUACUCCAUUGUGCGCCGCCAGAGCCGCAUCGACGAGGACAAGCCGGAGGUGUGCGUCCUGGACCACAUCACCCAGCAGGUGAAGAUCCUGCCGCAGAUUGCCCGCGGCGUCUCCUACCGGCUGGUGGCCGACUGGCUGUGGGGCUUCUACGAGCAGGUGCUCCACCAGCUGGAGGCCAAUCCUCCGGCUGGAAACUCGCUGCCGGAGCUGCACGCCCUGAGCUGCUGCCUCAAGGCGGUGGCCACGGACGAGGCCAGUCGGGGCGUGGAUCUGCUGCGGAAGAGCUGCGGCGGCCAUGGAUUCCUCUCCUCCGCCAACUUUGAUAGCAUCUACGGCAUGGCCACGGCCGCCUACACGUACGAGGGCGAGUACACGGUGCUCCUGCUCCAGACGGCGCGGUUCCUGGUGCGCCAGUACGUGGACAGCCUGAAGCGCAAGGUCCUGCCCUCCAGCGUGUCCUACUUGCGCGACACCGCCCGCCUGGUCUGGGGCAAGGAUCUGCUGAGGAACUGCGUGCGCGCCCUGGAGUGUUCCGCCUUGGAGGAAGUGCGCCAGGCCUGGCAGUGCCAGAGCAUCCACCGCCGUUCCAAGGUGAGCGAGGCGAUGGCCACCAACCUGGCUGGCAGACAGAUGACCGCCGCCGCGGUGGCCCACGCCCACGCCUUCCUCGCCCGCCAGGCGCUGGCGGAGCUGAAGAAGGUGCAGGCCACCAUGGCAGUCACCUCCGUGCUCCAGCAGCUGGUGGAGCUCUUCGUCCUCGACACAUUCCUCGGCCAGGUGGGCUCUGUCCUUCGCUGGAACGGCAUCACCGGCACCCAGCUGCGCUUCGUGGAGCGUCGCUACGAGCAGCUCCUGGCUGCACUGCGUCCCAAUGCCCUCGCCAUUGUGGAUGGCUUCGAUUUCCACGAUCGGGUCUUGGGCUCCACCCUGGGCUGUCACGAUGGGCGGGUGUACGAGCGGCUCAUGGAGGAGGCCCGCCGGAAUCCCCUCAACCAGGAGCCCGUCAACGCCUCCUUCCGAAGCCACCUCCUGCCCAUGAUGCAGGGCAAGCUCUAAGCUGAAAAAUAUAUAAAAAUAUAUAUUUUUUUAUAUUUUUUUAAAUUUAAAACUUUUUUCUG